AUGUCGCUCAAACCGUUCGAUAUUGAGGUGGAACCACCAAGCGAAGAUCUGAUGGAGAUCGCACGCCGGGAACUCAGGGAAACACCGGAAAUUCGUAGCUCCGCCGUGGAGGAGUUGAGAGCCCUUCUCAAGGAAGCCAAGGAUAUGUACUUCAGCGAGGAGGAAGAGUUCCUGCUAAUCUUCCUACGCCCUUGCCACUUUUACGCCGAAAGUGCCCUGAAAAUGAUGCGUCGUAUUGCCGAGUUUAAAAAGACCAACCAUCCACUACUACACGCGCUAAAGCCGGAAGAGGAGAAGCUCGCCUUUGUCGACCACAACGUCGUCAACGUCCUGACCAACCGUGACCAAAAGGGUCGCCGUGUGCUGUUGGUAAACUGUGGUGCGGCCUGGGAUCCCAAAGCGGUCAGCUCGGAGCAGCUGUUCCGGGUGUUCUUCCUGAUACAUCUCGUCGCACAGCUCGAACCGGCCACCCAAAUCAACGGCAUUGUCGUAGUGCUCGACUUUGAUGGACUCUCGCUCAAGCAGGUUAAAGCGCUUUCGCCCUCCUUCUCAAGGCGACUGAUUACGUUCAUUCAGGACGCGAUGCCGCUACGCCUGAAAGAGGUACACAUCCUCAAGCAGCCGUACAUCUUCAAUAUGGUGUGGGCACUGUUCAAACCAUUCAUUCGGGAGAAGCUGAAGAGCCGCAUCUUCUUCCACGGCAUGGACAUGCGGAAGCUGCACAAACACAUCGAUCCGUGCGAUCUGCCGGCUAACUAUGGUGGUGAUCGACCACCGAUCAACUACGGUGGCAAGGAAUGGUAUCCUUGCGUGUACAACUACAUCGACCAUAUAAACGAGUGGAACACGUUCGGGUUUGUGUCGAAUAUCUUCUUCCAUGGCAACGACUUACACCAGUUCCACCAGUUCAUCAGCGUAGAUCAACUGCCGGCCGACUACGGUGGUAAUAUGCCACCGAUCGACUACAGCGGACAGGAUUGGUAUCCGUGCGUGGAAGCACAGAUCGAUCACAUCAACAAGUACCAGCAGUGUGGACUCGUUGAACCACGAUGA